UAGAGAUGGACGGGUUGUUUCCCAGAUGUUGAUGACCCGCUGACAGAUGUGCUCUGCAGCUGUCAGCAUCUCGCUCCACGCCCUGGACUGACCUGGAUGUGGAAGUAGAGGAAAGGGGCCGGGUCUUUUUUGUUGACAGACUGUUUCUACCCUGCGAUGGGAACGGAGGAUGACUGUAGCCGCACCGGGACAAGCUAGCUAACUUUAACCAUCUACUGUUCCACCGAAGUUCUCAUUUUUUACUCUUAAGAACGUAUUUAUGCUUAAAACAAUGAAGGGGCACUGUGGCGCUUUGUUGGUCUGUUAAAUCUGUAGUUUGACCUUCGGGAGAAUGGAAAGCAGGAGCGAAGAGGAGCUGGAAACUGCUGUUAUUAGCCAGUUAGCCACCGUUAGCUCAGCUAGCUGCUAGUUACAUUGAAUCAGCGGUCUGAGUUAGCCUGGUAGUUGUUACUGCGGUCUGUCUCCUGAAGUCUUCUAUAGUUGGUCACUGUCAACAACGCCAUGGCUCUAGAAGCCUUUCCUUUACAUCUGCUUGUCUGGAACAAUCAGUACUUGGAGCUGGAUCGAGAGCUACAGAAGAAGGAGCUCGACGUGGAGCGCCAGGAUCCGCGAGGGCGAACCCCUCUGGAGCUGGCUGUGUGUCUGGGCCACCUGGAGUCCACCCGGGUUCUGCUGAGACACACCGCAGACCCGACCCACUGCACCACGCAAGGCUGGACCGUCUUGCAGGAGGCGGUGAGCACCGGGGACCCGGAGCUGGUGCAGCUGGUGCUUCAGUACAGAGACUUCAAGAGAGCCACGGAGAGACUAGCAGGCAUCCCAGAGCUGCUCAGCAAGCUCAGACAGGCUCGGGACUUCUAUGUAGAGAUGAAGUGGGAGUUCACCAGCUGGGUGCCCCUAGUGUCGAAGGUUUGUCCCAGUGACGUGUACCGGGUGUGGAAAAGCGGCUCGUGCCUCCGCGUGGACACCACCCUUCUGGGCUUUGAACACAUGACCUGGCUUAAAGGACGCCGCAGCUAUAUUUUCAAAGGUGGAGAUGACGGGGCUGUGGUAAUGGAGGUGGACCACGAGAAGCAGGUGGUGUACACUGAGCCGCUUGUGUUGUCCCCUCGGGAUGCCCCCUCCCUGCUGGCAGCCAUGCAGCCGUCGCAGGAGAACACAGCCCAGAGGCUCACAUCGCCCAUCGUCUCCACGCAUCUCAACACACGGAACAUCGCUUUUGAGAGAAAUAAGUCUGGGAUCUGGGGCUGGCGUUCCGAGAAGACGGAGGUCAUCAGUGGUUAUGAAGCCAAGGUUUACAGUGCUACCAAUGUGGAGCUGGUAACUCGUUCAAGAACGGAGCACCUAUCAGACCAGGACAAGUCCAGGAGCAAAGGCUCAAAGACUCCUCUGCAGUCUUUCCUGGGGAUUGCUGAACAACAUACGGCUCACAACGGGAGCAACGUGUCCCAGUGUGCCAGUCCUCAUAACCCCACAGCCAUCACAGCUGAUGAGUACUUCAACCCAGAGUUCAAUCUGAACGGGCGAGACAUCGGCCGUCCCAUCGAGCUCACCAGCAAAAUCCAGAGGUUUAAAGCCACGCUGUGGUUGAGCGAGACACACCCCCUGUCCCUGGCUGAGCAGGUGACCCCCAUCAUAGACCUCAUGGCCAUCUCCAACGCACACUUUGCCAAGCUGCGUGACUUCAUCACCCUGCGCCUGCCACCGGGCUUCCCCGUCAAGAUAGAGAUCCCUCUGUUUCACGUGCUGAAUGCCAGGGUGACGUUCAGUAACCUGUGUGGCUGCGAUGAGCCGGUCAGCACCGUGACGGUCCACAAGCCUGAGAACUCUGACGAAGCUGAUCAGUGUCUGCCUGCCUUCCACUGCGAGGUCGACCCCUCCGUGUUUGAGCCUCCCCCAGACUACACUGUCCUCGGGCCGGGCCGCAGCGAACCCAUGAGAGACGAAGAUGACAACCUGCUGCAGUUUGCCAUCCAGCAGAGUCUGCUGGACGCCGGCACUGAGAGCGACCAGGUGACCAUCUGGGAGGCGCUGACCAACAGCCGCCCAGUGCCGCCGUCUCCGCUGUACGAGGAGGACUCUCAGCUGGAGAGGGCCAUCCAGGAGUCACUGUCCAUCUCUCUAGCCAGCAGAGAGGGAGAGGACCUGAGCGACCCCAGUCAGCCCUCCUCCGUGUCCCCGCCUGACCCCUCCACGAAUUCCCCGCUCUCUGUCAGCAGUGGGAACGACCCGCGGCUGUCCGGGAACUUUGGUGUGGCGAGCAGCUUCGACGAGCAGCUGCGAAUCGCCAUGGAGCUGUCAUGCAGGGAGCAGGAGGAGAACGACAGGAAGCAGCAGGAGGAAGAGGAGGAGCUGGAGCGGAUCCUGCAGCUUUCUCUCACUGAGAAGUAACGUAAACGGCAGCAGAUCCACACCCAGGAACAAUCACCUUAAUUUAUUCUGUUUCAUUUUGAAAUCCUAAACUUUAAAUUAUUAUUAUUAUUAUUGCUAUUACAGAUAUUUUAUGUGUUUCUCACAUGUAGGCUGCUACCACCGAUGAAAGAAAUGUGAAAUGGGUGAAAUACUUUCCACUAAAGGAGGAGACAAAAGGGAGUCUUUGUUUUUCUUUUUUAUUGAAUAUUUUUCACAGUCUUGCUGUCUUUGAGUGAUGAACGAUUCUUGAACUUCUACCACAGUGAAGAAAGUAAUAAAACACAAAACUUAGAAUAACUUAUAAAACAUGAUUAUAACAUUUAUGUUUGCUUACUCCUUAGAUGUGAAAAAAUAAAAAUAAUCACAAUCA